UCCGCGCCGCCGCCGCUGGGAUCCGGGCGCCAUGAGUGGGCCGCGGAGCGCUCUGGGCCUGUCUGUGCGGGCACCGCGGCCGGGCUGGCUCUGGGGGGCUGCGGCGGCGCUGCUGGGGCUGAGCGCCUUGAUCGGGGCAUGGCGCUGGGUCGGUGGGCUGAGGCGAGCGGCGGGGCGCCGCCGGCGCCUGCAGCGAGUGGGGACGGUGCUGAGCAUUUUCGUGUACCCGGUGAAGUCGUGCCGGGGGAUGGCGGUGCGGGAGGCGCAGGUGACGCCGAUGGGGCUGCGGAGCGGCGAGCUGCGGGACAGGUUUUGGCUUGUGACCAAGGAGGAUGGGCACAUGGUUACAGCUCGGCAGGAGCCCCGGCUCGUCCUCAUUUCUGUCAGCUCUGAGGAUGGGCACUUGACCUUGGAGGCGCCAGAAAUGAAGAAGCUGUGCUUGCCUGUGAAGCUGCCCAGGAAGAACCGUGUGGUGAACUGCAGGGUGUUUGGACUGGAUAUCCAAGGCAGGGACUGUGGAGAUGAAGUGGCUCAGUGGAUCACCACUUUCCUGAAUUCGGAGCCAUAUCGCCUGGUGCACUUUGAGCCCUCCAUGGUGCCAAGAAAGUCAAAAGACAUAAUAAAUCUUUUCCGAACCACAGAUGAGGUUGCUUAUCCUGACUGUAGCCCAAUCUUGGUUAUCUCAGAAGCUUCAUUGGAAGAUUUAAAUGCCAAGCUGGAGAAGAAAGUGAAGAUACAGAACUUCAGGCCAAAUAUUUUUGUGACAGAUUGCAGUGCUUUUGAGGAGGACACCUGGGAGGAUGUUAUUAUUGGUGAUGUGGAAAUGAAAGGGACAGUAUGUUGUGCCAGGUGUAUUUUAACAACUGUUAACCCAGACACUGGGGUGCUGGACAGGAAGGAGCCCUUGGAAACAUUGAAAAGUUACCGCUUAUGUGAUCCAUCUGAGCGACACAUCUACAAAUCCAGCCCUCUCUUUGGGAGAUACUUUGCUGUUGACAAAACUGGAACGAUUCAAGUUGGAGACCCUGUGUACAAGAUGGUCCAGUAAUAAGGGAGACUUCAAACAGAAGAUACCUUUUCACUUUGAUGCGCAAAUUGGUUUUCCAUGAACACAAUCACCAGCAUAACUUUUUCUUAUUUUGUGCAGUAUUUUUCAUGCUAUGUUCAUUUGUAGGCUGCAGGGGAGUCUUUGAGGCUAUGAAAUACCAGUCAUUUCAGAUCAUGUAAUCUACUAGUAUGCCUGUAGCAGCCACAUCUUUAGUUUUUUCUGGAGGCUGUGAUAGAAGGCUAUGAUCCAAGGCUGACUUCACAGCACUGCUGUGAGUCACACUCCCUACAAUUUUAUGUCAAACCCAGUACUGGAAUCCAAAACACAAGGGCUUUGCAUCAUGUGUUAGAUACAUUCAGUGCCUGCGAAGGACCACAGAAACGGACAUGCCAAGUGUGAAGUAAAUAUGUUGAUCACAGAACUGCCUUUACAAGUAAACAUGGAGUGCAGAUGGC